AUGCCCUCCUCUACUAUUACAAACAACAAUCCGUCCACAGCAUUUAAGAGUGAUGCUGUAUUUAAAUACUUGGAUGCUGCGUUGAGAUCUUUGACAGAGGACGAUAAAUCAAAGCUGCUGAGCAAGAUAUCUGGCGUAUUUCAGUUUACCAUCAAGAACAACCAAGGGAAAACACAGGCAUACAUGCUUGAUUUGAAAAAAGGAGGUUCAGUAACAGUGGUAAAAAGUGCUGAGCUCGCAUCGUCGUCGUUGAAUGAGUCAUUCUCGCCGGAUGUGGUUCUGUAUAUUUGUGAUGGCGAUAUAGUGGACUUGGUCAAGGGCAGAUUGAAUGGCCAAAGAGCGUUUAUGUUGGGCAAGUUAAAGAUCAAAGGAAGAAUGGACCUGGCUAUCAAGCUGGAUGCUGUCUUUAGGCAACUUGUAGGCAGGAGUAAUAAGCUAUGA